AUGGCACCAAGAACUAUCACUUCAUUUGAAGACCGUGGUGUCCCAUCGCCGCCGCCACAUGCUUACUAUCCAGGCCAUCCAUCCUUCCCUCUCUCCUCUGCUCAUCCAUAUAGCAGCUCUGCUUACGCUUCGGCUUCAUAUUUCUCCGGAUCUCCACGUAAUGACCGUCGAGCGUCCUCAACGUCUUCCUCGCCUCCUGCCUCUUUCUUAUCUUCGGAGUGGAUCGAUCGGCCCAUUGGGACCGAGGAUCGCGUGGAGAGGGCACAACUUAAUAGGAACAGUGCGAGGCUCGAAUAUGACAUCUCUGUCGAGCGUAUAGACCAAUUACCUUUGGAGAAGAGUGGGCACGGAGCUAAAGGAGGUAAAGGAAGCAAGGAAGGGAAAGAGCAGCUUAGGGUUGCCGUCCAGGAAGUUGUGGAGCUCGAAACAGAGUACGAGGUUGAUCUUCUGCCAGAGGAACACCCUCAGCAGCUACCGCUGUGGAGGAAAUGGUUAGCUGUCGUUGUCGUCAGUUGUUGCUCCUUCUGCGUUACAGGGUCUUCGUCCAUGGCAGCUUUUACAGAAACAGCGGUUUCCGAAGAUUUCCAUAUUUCUCAUGAAGUCGCUGUUCUUUCGGUUUCCCUAUUCACUGAGGGCAUGGCUCUAGGUCCUUUACUUACGGGACCCUUGUCGGAGAUGUACGGGCGGAACAUCACUUACCGUGCUUCAUUCACUUUAAUGUUUGCGUUCUCGUUCGGUGUGGCGUUUGCUCCGGACACAGCUGUUUACUUGAUAUUUCGCUUUCUUUCUGGGUUCGUCGGUGCAACGUUCCUCAGUGUCGCUGGAGGAACGGUGAGCGAUCUGUUCAAGAAUGAGGAGGUGGCAAAUCCGAUGGCGUUCUACACUUGUUCCCCGUUUAUAGGUCCUAUAUUCGGCCCAUUGGUCAGCGGAUUCAUCAAUCAAAAUCUCAAUUGGCGAUGGACGUACUACAUCCUAACAAUAUGGAUUUUUGUCCAGACGAUCUUGUUGUACAUUUGUGUGCCAGAAACCUAUGCCCCCAUUCUACGCAAAUGGAAAGCUGCAAGAAUGCGAAAAUCUACAGGAGAAGAGGCUUAUUGGGCUCCUCUUGACAAGCAGGACAAGGAUGUCAUGAAAGCGAUGUUGGUUUCUUUCUACAAACCUUUUGAACUCAUAUUCUAUGAACGCAUGGCGCUGCUCUUAAAUCUCUGGACAUCGCUCGUCCUAGGUAUUCUAUACCUCACUUUCCAAGCCUUUCCAAUUAUUUUCACUGAGAAACAUGGAUUUUCAAUUCAACAAUCUGGAUUGACCUUCCUUGGGAUUGGUAUAGGGAUAGUUUGUGCGAUGCCAACGCAGGGGUAUUUCAAUAAAUUAGUCGUGAGGGAUGCAAAGCGAAAUGGUGGAAUAGCUCCCCCAGAAUCAAGACUUUAUAUGGGUGAAAUCGGAGCCAUCCUGGUUCCGAUAUCGCUCUUCUGGCUCUCCUUCACUACCUAUGCUUCCGUCCCCUGGGUUGUCCCUAUCGUCGCCUCCAUCCCCUUUGGCAUUGGGCUGUACUAUGUCUUCACUGCUGUCUUUACCUACCUCGUCACUGCCUACCGACCGCUUGCAGCAAGUGCCAUGGCAGGAAAUACUGCGAUGAGGUGUACGUUCGCGGCGGUGUUUUCACUGUUCGCUGGGUAUAUGUAUGAUGGGAUGGGUACUGUGGGUGCGACGGCGUUGUUGGCAAGUAUAAUGAGUGUGAUGGCUCCAUUACCGUUCAUAUUUCGACGUAUUGGGCCGAGGUUGAGAGAAAAGUCGAAGUUCGCAGCGCAUUAG